CCGUAAGACUGCGCAGAAACAAAGCCAACGCGCUUAUUUCAGCUUUACAAACAAAACAACGAUUCUCCCAUAAAUAAUUACUAUUACAAUUAGUUUAUUAGUUAACAGUUCAUUACAACGGUUGAUAUAACCAAUUUGCUCUGUCCUGUAUUAUUCUCUUGUCUGUCUUCUAUAUAGAUACACAUAUAUACUCUUAGCCUGAUCAUAUUUCUUGCAUAGCCUUUGGUUUUGUUGUGCUUCAAUCUCAAACAAAGUUGCUUUCUUUUUGUGAUAUUUAUAAAAAUAUCAUCAUGGUUCAGCUCAGAGAAUUUCGAAUUGUCAUGCCUUUGUCAUUGGAAGAGUAUCAAGUAGCGCAGAUGUACAUGGUCAUGAAAAUGCAGAAGCAGACUACAACAAAUACCGAAGGAGUUGAUGUUUUGGAGAAUAAACCGUUUGAAGAUGAUGUCUUUGGAAAGGGCAGAUAUACGUCAAAGAUUUAUAGGUUGCAGAGCAAAGCUCCUACUUGGCUUGCUGCUCUCGCACCACUAGAUGCUCUUGUGCUCCAAGAGGAAGCCUGGAAUGCAUACCCUAAAUGCAAAACAGUGAUCAAGUGUCCCUACUUUCCGAAGUUUAGUCUAACUAUAGAGACAAUCCAUAAAGCCGACAAUGGGAAUUCAGAAAAUGUGCAUAGUCUAAGCAAGGAACAGCUGGCCUCUAGACAGGUGGAAAAUAUUGAUAUUGCUGUAUCUGCAACUGACUAUUGGAGUUAUAUUGUUGGGAGCAACAGUAUUGACAUGACAAAAUUCCAGUCAGAAAGGACUGGUCGUGGUCCGCUCUUAGACGGAUGGCAGGAAAGCUGUAAGCCUGUUAUGACGGCAUACAAGUUGGUGACAGUAGAUGCUCCAUACUGGGGAUUUGGAAGUCAACUGGAGCAAGCUUUUAUAGCGGGCGAGAGAGCACUUUUUCAUGGAAGUCAUCGGAAUAUUUUUGCUUGGAUUGAUGAAUGGUUCGGGGCGACAAUUGAAGUGAUCCGUAAGCUUGAGAAACAAUGUAUCUCACCUUUUGAAUGAGGGACGUGACUGGAAAAUAUUAAACAGAUUUUCUGCAAAAAUGGGGAGGAAACAAAUCAAGCUGUAGGCUUGAUGAUAGAAAACAUUCAGCUGAUAUUAACUUACUUCCGCUGGAGCAGAUGUAAAUUUAUGUUUCCUGGUAAGAUAGCUCGUGGAAUUUGCGGGGUAACUAGGGAAGAUUGUAUUAAGAACUCAUAGAAUCAUAUUCUGUUGAAUGAUUGUCUUAUACUGUAAUUGAUGAAGACAAUAGACUAGAGAAAAUGCUGCAGUUUGUAAUUCAACAAAGUAUUCUUGGUUUUCUUUUCUCUCUCGUUUUGAGAGUCGACUCCCGUGUUAGGGUUUCAGCCGUCACUUCUCCGCCUCCCAGAUGUUCAUCUUCUCAUCAAUUAACCCCUUCGCUCUCUCAUCCCCUCUAUUAUUUUACUUAGUUUCAAUAAAACCAAGAUUUAAUCUUGUUUAAGUACCUUGUUAUCAAGGUUGUGUGCCCAUCGUUUUGGGAUGUUAGUGUGUGCCCAUCUUUUUGGGAUGUCGUGUGUUAUGUUUUUCGUAUUUUUAUGUGUCUUGAUGUGUCGUUCGAUUAUCAAUCUGAAAAGGAUUUAUACGGUAUUUUGGGAGAUCGGUAAGACUCGCAUCGAUUUCGGAACGAUGGUAGAUACCGCAAGAGCUCACCUCUCACAACAAAUAAUUGUUCAUGUUUUGGAGACGUUUAGUGCUCCAGGAUCAGUUGAUUUGACUGAUAGUUCUGAACAUUGGGCUACAGAUGAUGCUUACGUGAAGGUCAAUUGCGAGACUACUAGUUUCAUAACUGAUGUAGGUUGGAUUGCUCGAAAUAUCAUUGUAAUACUUUUUAGAUCAAAGAAUAUGAAUAUUCUAUUUGUUAAGCGAUCUGAAAACAAAACGACUAUUUGUUUAGUUCGUUCUUUGUUUCACAAUCAGAUUGUAGUUGACAGUUCGGGGGUUUGUCCCGGCUGGAUUUGCGAUUCGUAUUAAUAAAAUCUUUUGUUUGUCAAAAAAAAAAAGUAUUCUUGGUGGAAAAGCUGAUAUAUAUGUUUAACUAGUAUUUAUGCC